UUACCAACAGUUCAGUAACGGCUCAGUCUAAUCAUCGUUGGUUCAUUACGAAGUCACUCAGUCUCUCUCAGUCAGUCGUGAGUUAGUGUCUGUGAGUGUUACCAUGCUGAUGUCUGCUCUCAACGGGGACAACCCCGUCUUGCAGGGGUUCGCCUUCUACGCCUCCAUCCUCAUCCUGAAGAUGAUGGGGAUGUCCUUGUUGACUGCCAUACACCGAUUUAGAAAGAAGGCCUUCAUCAGUCCAGAGGACGCAGCAGCUUUCAAAGGGGAGGUGAAACUUGAGGACCCGGAUGUGGAAAGAGUCAGGAGAGCUCACUUGAACGACCUCGAGAAUAUCCCGAUAUUCCUGGUGACCGGGUUCCUGUUCAUUCUGUCCGACCCGGAUGUGGUCGUCGCGCUCAUGUUCUUCCGCCUGUACACCUUGGCCCGCCUCGUACACACGUUCGUGUACGCUGUGUACGUCGUGAGGCAACCGGCUCGCGCUAUCGCCUUCGGGGUGGGUCAACUCAUCACCUUAAUCAUGAUCAUAAUGAUCAUCGUCAAGUUCCAUCAGCUCUGAGGCCGCUGCUGUCGCUUCUGCAGAUACCGUCUCUUGUACAGAGUGCGAAGUGCAGACUCUCGAUAAGUGAGAGCUUGGCAUAAUGUGUGUGCUUUGUCAUAUCACUAUUCAAGUGUUUGUAAUGUAUCACGUUAAAACCUACUUUGUUAAAUAAUUGUAAUGUUGUAAUUACUCCCAAUUUCUUCAAGACUAUGUGUAUAAAUACGUAUUUUUGUGCUGAAUAAAAAAUGACACGCUUCACUUUGAUGAUGAUCAUUAAGGAUGAUAUAUUACUAGUAUAUGUCGUAAUAAUGUGUUAAGAAUAAUUUUUGAAGUAGGAAGCUUAUGCUUCGAAAAUUCAAUGUUGCAGUAGUGCGCUAGCAUUUGAGAGAAAGAGGAAUGAGUUAUGUUUUUUAACACUACUCAUAAUUAUAAAGCUAGAUUUACCAAAAGAUUUUAUUCUUGGAAGCAUAGUAAAUAGUACCUAUCCUGUCUCAAAAAUGGAUUUCCGCAAUUUACUUGUAUUCAGAAAACAACAUUUUUACCACCAUUACUAAUAUUUUAGGAAGUCAGAAUCUCCAUAUUAUAUAUGAGAACAUUUUAUUUUCUUCAAUAUUAUUUAAGUUUAUUGUAUUGCAAUACAUAUCAAUAACGUAUGUUAUAUUACUAAUAAUUAAUAUCAGACAUGUUUUUAAAAUUAUUAGCAUAAGUUACAAACAAUUAUACCGCGUAAUUAAUUAAUUUUGAAGAACAAAUAAAUGUAUAAAUCCACAUACUCUGUGCAAUGCCUUUGUUUAAGUUGUUUUUGACAGAAUUAUUAUUUUAGAUUACAUGAGAAAAAAUGUUGUAGCUUUACACAUUAAAUUAUUAAUUAAUCUGAUGAUGUACAAAGUGCAUAAUUAUUAUGUUCUUAAAUACUUGGAUAUUAACAUAUUAUAAGUUAUUUGACUACUGUUACAUAGAAGUGUAAUUAUACAAUGCUGAUAGUGUAUUUUUUAGAUAAUAAAAUAUUUAGGUACCAAUUUAUUUGUUGUUAUUGUAGUAAUUUGGAAGUAUACAUUUUUGUACAAAUAAAACAA